AUGACUUGUACUCCGGCAGAGCACGUGCCGAGUCUCAGGGUGGGAAAAGGCGACGUUUCGGAAAGCGAGUCCGCAGGCCCGCCGGAUCCGAGCGUCACGUGCGGGGCCCGGGCACGAGCGACAUGUCGGAGCCCCGUGACCGUGGGCCCUUCGGUUCCGGAGUGGGGGCCCUGGACCCGAGUCGUCGUCGUCGCCGAGCGCGAAUAUUACAUUGCUAAAUGUAAGAGGACGGCCCUGAUGGACCGUCUCGCCGAGCUGAGGGCCAGCCACCCCGAUGUCGCGAUGGUCACCACCCUGGACAUCGGACACACGGGGAGGCUGUACCCUCCGCCGUCCACGUCCAGCGCAGCUUCGCAGGCGGCGGCCGCGUCUGAACUGCCGUCCACCUUGUCCGUACGCGACGACCUCUUCCCACGAGAUGCCAGAGGCAUCGUCUUUAACUUUGCCAUUCUUUUCGCUUUCACAGAGAAGUUGCUGCAGGAAUUCCUCAGCCACUGUGUGGGGACAAACCCGUCGGCGAAGAAAUUGGAGAAUGGCAAGGGCUCCGUCACCCACAUGAGGAGAUUCCUGAUCUUCGCCGGCGAGGGCCGACUCAUCAAGGGGAACUUCGGGUUCCUAAGUUCACACAGCUGCAUCAGAAAUUGGAUCAGAGUCUUGCUCGAAGACAAGCUGGCCGCCACCACCAUACGAUGUAAUCUGAUGAGCCUUCGUAAAUUUUUUGAAUUCCUAUCGUACGUCCCAAGGAAGACUUUAAAUUUGAAUGGCGUACAGUUUAUUUGGCUGCGUAAUGAGAUAAAGCUCAGGCUGAGAGACAUACAGAAGGACGUGACCUGCCACAGACAGUCCGUCCGCAAGCAGGCGACCAAGAACAUAGUCCCCGGGCAGGAUCUGAAGUGCUUUAGAAGGGAGGCCAGCCUAAUUCUACCGGCCAAGAUCGAAUCCCUCAAGCACGGUGUCGGUGAGAACCUGCGACAGGUGUUUGGACUCUUGACCGGGUACUUUGUGUCCAUCUCCGGUCACAGGGCCGGCGUGCUGAAGAACUUAAAGGUGGAGGAGGUGCAGAACGCAGAGGUGGAUGGGGACCACGUCACUAUAGACGUGGAGGAACACAAGAGUGCCGCCACGUACAGACACGCACAGCUCAGCCUGAGCCUUCGCGAGUUCGAGUGGCUGGAAGGCGUGAUCGUGGCCCGUGAGAAUUUCCCCGGCUCGGAGUCGCCUUAUUUCUUUUUUAACUCUGCGGGUGGCAGGUGCGAAAAAGUACUGUCGUACUUUAAGAUUGAAUGGAGCAGGAUGGGCUUCGGGGGUUCCUACACCUUUAGGAACCUCCGUACCUCCAUGGUGCACCACACCAAGAACCUCAGCCCCAGGAAGAGGCUCGCGGUGCACAGGGCAAUGUGCCACUUGGAGUCCGUCGCCGCCAAGUUUUACGUGCCUCUCAAUAGCGUCGAGGAGGCCAGACUCCAGGAGGCAGCGGGCGAGGACGAACACCGCGCCGGCCCCUCCGGCAGCCGCAGCAGAAGCUCGCGCAGACGGACCGCACCCAGCUCCGAGGACUCUGGAGAGGAGGACGAGGAGGUGGCGAGCUCGACCCCCGAACGCCACCGGGUGCAGAGGGCCCAGCGCUCCAGGAUCAUCCGACCGCGGGACUCCUCCGAUUCCGACGAGCCCACGUCCGUGGGCGUGCAGGCGGAGAGGAGUCCUCCAUCGGGUUACACGGUGUUGGGGAUCGGGCCCUCUCCGGACCACUCGUACUGUGGCACCCCGGUCAAGGUGAAGGAGAAGGUCAUGGACGCCAUCAUCUGUUCGGGGCGUCCCAGCAUCCGCCUGAGGAUGAUCUCUUUGUCUUCGAGCUCCUCCUCCUCCUCGAACGACGAGACGGCGGUGGAGGAGAUGCCCCUUGAACCCAGUGCCACGUUCUAG